GUCAGAAUAGUGUUCCCAAAGGUGUUUGCAUGAAUGAAACCUUGACAGUUCCUCCUGCAGUGGCUGUUUUAUCCCUCCAUCACUAGUGAAAUGAGGCAGAUAAUUCAAGUCUUUGAGCAGUAUCAGAAAUCCAGGAUGCACUUUGUGCAAACAAUAGCUGACCUGGCUGUCAGACCACAGAACAUAGAGGUACUUCAGAACGCAGGGGUGGUGUCCCUGCUGCGGCCCUUGAUCCUGGAUGUUGUCCCUGGCGUCCAGCAGACAGCAGCGCUUGCUCUCGGCCGACUCGCUGACCACAGCGAUGAACUGGCCGAGGCCGUGGUGAAGGGGGAGAUUCUGCCGCAGCUGAUCCACUCGCUGGUCUCCCACAAUAGAUUCUACAAGAAAGCUGCAGCCUUUGUGCUCCGGACUGUGUCCAAACACUCCCCAAAGCUGGCUCAAGCCGUGGUGGACAGUGGAGGUGUGGGAGCGCUGGUGCUCUGCCUGGAGGAGUUUGAUAAUGAGGUGAAGGAGGCGGCAGCCUGGGCCCUCUGCUGCAUCGCCAAACACAGUGAAGGUUUGUCGCAGGCGGUGGUGGACGCGGGCGCCGUGCCUCUGCUGCUGCUGAUGCUCAAGGAUCCAGAGAUUUCCCUCAAACGCAUCGCGGCUUCCACCCUGAGCGACAUCUGCAAACACACGCCUGAAAUGGCCCAAACUGUUGUGGACACCGGUGCCGUCGCUUACCUCGCUCAAAUGAUCCUGAGUCCAGAUGUUAAACUGAAGAGGCAGGUUUUCUCAGCGCUCAGUCAGAUCAGCAAACACUCGGUCAGUCUGGCAGAGAUGGUGAUCGAGGCCGAGGUGUUCCCCGCAGCCGUGGCCAGUCUCAGGGACCCAGACGAUCUCAUCAAGAAGAACGUCACCACGCUGAUGAGAGAAGUGGUGAAACACACGCCUGAGCUGUCUCAGGUGAUUGUGAAUUUUGGAGGCCUGGCAGCAGCGAUCGACCACCUGGGCAACUGUCGCGGGAGUCUACGUCUGCCGGGGAUCAUGAUGCUGGGAUACGUGGCGGCCCACACCGAGAGCCUCGCCAUGGCUGUCAUCCUCUCCAAAGGGGUGCCGCAGCUGGCUGCCUGUCUGUCCGAGGAGACCGAACAUCACAUCGAGGCGGCCACAGUGUGGGCCAUCGGUCAGAUUGGACACCACACUCCUGAACAUGCCAAGGCUGUGGCCAGUGCCAACCUGCUGCCCAGACUGCUGGACCUCUACAUGGACGCCAACAGCUCAGUUGACCUGCAGACCAAGAGCAAGAAAGCCCUGAAGAGCAUCCUGCACAAGUGCACCUACCUGCCAGCUCUGGAGCCCCUGCUCUACAACGCCCCCUGCAACAUCCUCAAACACGUGGUGUGUCAGUUCAGCAAGGUGCUGCCGCACGACAGCAAGGCUCGCCGCUUGUUUGUGACCAGCGGCGGGUUGAAGAAAGUCCAGGAGAUUGAGGCGGAGCCUGGGUCGGCGCUGCAGGAGCACAUCAACUCCAUCAACAGCUGCUUCCCCGAGGAGAUAGUCAGGUACUACUCGCCCGGCUACUCGGAGGCCCUGUUGGCGAGGCUGGAGAACUUCCAGCCCAGUGGUUAGAGACCUUUGUGUGCCAGCGGAGAUGAGCUUCAACCGCCACAAUUCGAUUUUAACUAUGAAAGGAGUUGUUUUCAAAAGGCUUUAGCUUUAAUAAUUAAAGAAACACUGAG